CGUUUCGUCGUCUGUCUGUCUAGUCUGUCGUCGUCGCCGUUGCUGCGUUUGCCCUGGCAGAUCGAAGGGCGGAGCAGGUGCAGAGCUUGCGCAAGACAGAGACGGUCAUUUCCUCCGAUCUCACCAAACGCGGCGCAGCGAGCAAAAUCGCUUCUCCAUCUUCCGUCCUCCUCCCCCCAUCCUCCUAUCCUUCCUGCAGCAUAGCGUAUCGCCACCAUCCAGCGCAUCCAGUUUCGUUGGAAGGGUAGAGACUUGGCUUCGAUUCUCAAAAAGAAAGCGGGCAGCCCACAUCGCCCCAUCCUCGCAGCCAUCGUCGUAGUCGUCGUCGUCGUCCCGGCGGUCCGCCACUCGCAGCCGCCAUGGGCCAACCGGCGACGGCGGGCAUCAUCGUGGCCUGCAUCUUCGUAGAACUGCCACCCAUCCGACAGCCGCUGGGGAGCACAUACGGGACGAAUGCAGGUAGCUAUGGAUUUGCGGGCGCAGGGGCAGGCUCAUUGGCCGCUUCGCCUGGCACACCAGAGUAUGGCUCGACGUGGAGGGCGGGUAGUGCGAGUAAGAGCUCCUUUGCUAUGGAGAGGCCCGGCAGCAUCUACGGCGGGGCCCUUUCGUCCCAUUUUGACGGCAAGGAAGGAUCCUCAUCUUAUGGUCGCCACUCACGAGCGCAGAGUCUCGCAGGGCUCAGCUCGCCACUUUCUCCUGGCGGCGGCGGCGGCGGCGGUGGCAGCAGCCAGGAUGCUUCUCCGCACACCACAUCACCGUAUGGCUACCCAGGAGAACAGGGCUCUCUCGCCGAGCUGGGCGUAGUGGCGAUGCCGCAGCGCGUCGCUUCGCCCGACGCCGUCUCAGACGCUGGUGGGCCAUCCGCGCGUCCACGGACGAUGAGCUCUUCGUCCUCAACUAUGACCCUCAGACGGAGCUAUGCAGGCAGUACGGACUAUCUCAACAGUAGUGCGAGGCGGAAUUCACAGCUGUUUGGGAGUAGUGGAUCCUCCACUUACGGAGGCGGAGGAGGUGGUGCCGGACCUUCAAAGCGCGAUAGCUACUUGCCGCACCUGCCUUCCAAUCGAGAUGCGAUCCAGAUUGUGCCACCGCAGCCCCUGGGCAUUGGCCUAGGCGGAAUGGCUACAGCGAAGGAUCAGAGAACGCUCGCCUUCUCCAAGCAGUCGGGCAUUGGGCUCGGGGAGGAGGCUUUUGGCGAGGGCAACUACAGCUGGAACGAGGCGGCUGCCGCAGCUGCUCAGCAGGAAGGUGGCCAACAGCCUCAACGUAGCCUAUCUCCUGGAAGUGUAAGCGGGAGCAUCGGCGCGCAUCAGCUACAUCGCUAUCUUCAAGAAGGACCGUUAGGUCGGGCUGCCGGUGUGGAGCGCAGAGGAAGCCCUUCGGCGAGCGAUGUAGGCGCAGGGUCUGCGGCGGGAUCGAUCAUGAAUAGGCCGCGUACUACCAGCCACGCAGGCGGGGCAAGCAUUAACAGCAGCAGCGGCUUCGCCCCACCGUUGCGUCAGGGGACUCCGCACUCCAACUAUAACAGCACUACAGCCAACAGCUCCCCAAUCUUAGGCGCCUUCGGUUCCUCUUCAGCCGCCGCCUACCCACCUCAGCCACCCUCCAAAGAGCAGCAGCAGCAGCAGCAGCAGCCCUCUACCCAGCAUCACGCAACCGCAUCCCGCGAUGAGGUUGCCUCUCGUUCUGGCUCGGGAUCGGCCGGCUCACCCUCUGCGGCGGCUUCUGCCUCUGGCUCCGGCUCUGGCUCGGGCUCGAGGUCCGGUGGCUCGCAAUCGACGAACGAACAUCAUCGUACGCACGAGAGCAUGUCGUCUUCCACGACGAAGACGUCGCAGCAUGAGGAGUGGGCGCCGAGUGGAGGAGGGGUCCCACCGGUGGAGAAGGUAGGGGCAAAGGAAGGGUUGGAGUCGAAUGAUGAGCCUUUGGGCAUCAAUGCGCCUAGCACAGAGGCGAUACAGCACAUGGCUUUGAACGCUCUGAUGCUCCCACCCGUAAACAAAGCCUACCCCGACUCCCCACGUCUCACCUCACACACUCCUUCAUUCGUUCCAAAUACAUCGUCACUACCCGCUCUCCCUUCGAAUUCUCUCAUUGUAGAUAACACCACUCUCUUUGCACCUCACCUGGCCUCUGCGGUGGCAGGUCAGCUCUUGCGUUUCCCUGUUUCGCCCGCCCUCCAUCUUUCGCCUCCCACAUCGCUACCGUACGUACGAGCUUAUCGUAUAUCAAAUGGACAAUUAGCCUUGCCUCUCAGCUCUCCGCUUCGCUCGGUCAAGCGCGUGGCCUGGUCAGUGGUGCGAGCGCGGUGAGAUGAGCGAAGAACCAUCGAGCAAUCACAUCCGGAAGCUCGAC